UGAGUUCUUCUCCAGGCUAGUUGCUGAUGCACUAGCAUUGGACUUGGGAGCAGAGAGAGUCUCUCCAGUGCUUGCUACCCAGUCUUCCCUGCUGAGACCUACAGCAGAUAAAGGAUGAGGAAACAGCUUAACAGAGGCUGAGCGAGUGGGGUUGGGGUAGGUGUUAGAAGUUGUGGAGAAAGGAAAUGAGCCUGGAAGGGAGAGAACAGAAAAGCAGGAGCAUCUGUAAUGGUCAGCAUUACGUUAGAUAAUAAAAUGGAUUUUUAUUUUUGGAGCAUGUAUUGAGAGUUAUUUGAAAUGACAGAUAUAUUCAUGUGUCACAAAAGUUCAUGAAGAGGGUGGAAGGUAUCAAUUAGAGAUAAAAAUUCCAGAAACGUAUCCAUUUAAUCCUCCUAAGGUGCGGUUUAUCACCAAAAUAUGGCAUCCUAACAUUAGCUCAGUCACUGGGGCCAUUUGUUUGGAUAUUCUGAAAGAUCAAUGGGCAGCAGCAAUGACUCUAAGAACGGUGUUGUUAUCGCUGCAAGCAUUGUUGGCAGCCGCAGAACCAGAUGAUCCACAAGAUGCAGUAGUGGCAAACCAGUACAAACAAAAUCCAGAAAUGUUUAAACAGACAGCUCGACUUUGGGCACAUGUGUAUGCUGGAGCACCAGUUUCUAGUCCAGAAUACACCAAAAAAAUAGAAAACCUUUGUGCUAUGGGCUUUGAUAGGAAUGCAGUAAUAGUGGCCUUGUCUUCAAAAUCAUGGGAUGUAGAGACUGCAACAGAAUUACUCCUGAGUAACUGAGCCAUGUAGAGAGAGCUGCUUCAGUAGUCCAGCUUGCCCCUUCUGGAGGAGCAUCACCAUCUGUUAUUUUUAGGAUUCUAUAUAGAUUCUCUUUUAAAACUGGCACUCUUACCUGAUGAUGCUAUCUAGGCACUAUUGGAGACUGAAAAAAACGCUCUGUAAAUAAAGCUAAUUAAACGUCUGUGUAAAUUUAAAAAGGGGAAAUACUUUAAUUUUUUUUUCUUACUAAAUAUUGUAAAAAUUCUUUGAGCUCAGCUAAGAUAAUGGGAAAAAAGACCAUGCCUACUUUAGUGUUUAGCAGUGUGAGGAAGACUAGCAGGAACUUGCUUCAGGAUUUCGAUUUAGUAAUUCAGAAAGCAACAUUUUUGAGUGUUAGUCAUCAAAAUUGUUGGUGCCACUCAUCACAGCUAUCUUACUGUUUUUAACAUGGAUCCUAUGUGCCUGUGGAUUGACCUAUAUUUGCAUGCUUGUACUUAAUAGACAUAUUAGGUAGGGUUGCUGAAGAGAGCACCAUUGAAAUACUUGAUUGUUCUUGUAACUAUUUUUUUCCUGAAAGACUUUGAAGACUUACCCAAAGUUCCAAAUGGUGACCUAUUCAGAACUGGUUUCUUUCUAGCUGAUUAAGUGGGAAACCCAAUUCUCCUCUCCCUUAACAUCAUACAGCUGAAAAUCCUCACUAGAUCAUGUUUCAUCAUCUCUGGUUAUUAUGUGUGCCAUUUACAGUAGUCUAGGCUCCCGUUUAAAAAACACAUUUUGAAUUAUCAGUAAUGAUUUCCAUCCAUCAUGUUUUCCACACGCUCUCAUAAGGAGUAUGCCUCAAUAUAGCACAAAAAGAUGGAGCUGGUUUUCUUUCUUUUCUUUUUUUUUAUUUGAAAUAGAUGUAAAAUGUUCUUCAGUACAUUCUGGAUAAAACGAUUUCAGUGGGUCUGAAGGAGGAAAACUCUGGUUCUCUAGUGUACCAAGAAUUAAAGAAUAUUUUCUUUGAGUACUUGAUAUGAUGCAAUCAGCUGUUUUGUGCAGCAGUUUUCUAGCUUUAUUUUGGGCUUCGAUUUAAGGAUUGCUUACCAGGUACUUUAAAAUUCAUCAUUGCUUGCGUUUUUCUCUACUUGACACAUGGAGGCUGUGUUGGUGUUUUUCUGUACAUACUUCAAAUGCACAUAGAAGUAGAAGUGUGUUCUUGGUUUAGCUUUCUUUUGGAUUGAUGUUUCUGAUAAAUGAGAACUGAAGUCUUACCUUGACUUGUACAUACAGUCAGUCUUUUUAUUCGUAUUAAAAUGACAUUUCAUCCUGAGUGCAAAAGCUUGAAAAUUAUUAGUUUUGCAACUUCAAACACUAGUACAUUUAUUUAAAGAGAGCCGUAAUGUCUUUGUGAAUAUGAUGCUAAGUUUUAAGAAUAUAUCUGACAAGGAAGUUCAGAGAAAUCCUGAAACUAGGGAGUGGGGCUUGUGCGUGAUGGAGUACUGUAUAAGUCAUCUUUUCCACACUUGUUUUUUUUUUCUCCUAAACUGUGGAUUAAUGGGGUGGGGAAAUACAUGUCUGGGGGGUUUCUGGAGCUAUGAAGUACAAGUUGAAAUAGUUUCACGCUUCAUAGACACACUGUUUAUAAAUCAUACUAGAGGAAAUAGGAACAUUAUUGUACCUGUUAAAUAUCUAGAGCAUAGUGGUAGGGGAACAGAACUAGAAAAUAGAGCUGUAGAGGCGUAGCUAGUUCAGGGAUGUUCCCUGUACUGCUCUGUCCAGUGUGUCCAAACCUAAAAUAUUUCAGGGCACAGACAGUAAAUACUUUGAACUCAUAUCAGUGCAAUACUAAAUGCAUUUGCUUAGUCUUUAUACAUAUUACUUUUUAAGAGGUAGUCAAUGAUCAGUUUUCUUGAGUUAGUGUAAAUCAUUUGCAAUGAUGCCAAAGGAAGUGAGUUGUUUUCAUCUUAUAUUUAUUUAUUUUUUUAACAAGAACUGCUACUGUUCAGCUGGUUUGGUAGAUGAAAACCAGGGACUGUAGGAAACUGUGGCAGAAUGCCACUUGUGUUAAUCUCAAGUUGCUGUCUUUUCUGUUAUACAGGCUAAAAACUUCUUGAUUACAUCAACACCGGGUUUUUUUACCCUAGUGGUAAUUGUAAAUUGCUGACUACUUUCCCUUGUUCUUCACUGCUGUUUAUCAAAAGAAGGAACUUGAAAGUCAUUCCUGGGGACGUAAAACUUACCAGUUCUGAAUGUGUCUUUUGAUAAGAUUAGUCUCUGAAGGACAGCGGGUUUUUCCAACAGUAUGUAAAGGGAUAAAGGAAGCCAGGGGAAGGGGGGAAGAGGAAAUGGUUCUUAGGUGAGCACGGUCACCUCUGAAAUAAUGCUGUUAGGUUUUACUUCUGUCAUGAAGUUACCUCAUUCUCUACUGCAAAACACUCAUCUUUCCUUUCCCCCUUAUGUAUAGAUGAUGGCUACUGGGUUUUGCCCUCCAUCCUUGCACUUGAUAGCAAAGAUACUUUAAUGCUAGCUCAGGUGCUGGCAGAAGAGAAGCUUCUCCAGAAGUGAGUGGGGAAGGCAACACGACCCAGCAUUAAGGAGACAUCUGCAGUCUGAAGUCCCUCUGAAUUUGACAUGCGGGUCCUUUAUAAGGAAUGUUUUUGUACUGGUAACUAUCAGUCAGAGUUGAAUAUAGGGAUGAUGUUGUUUGAGGUUAGUUUUAACUGCAGCUGGGGCUGAGCCCUGGGAAUUUUGCUGUUAAUGUUCAGUUUAUCAUUAUGAGUUUGUACAUACAAAAUGGUAGUUCUGUUUUCUGUAUGACUAAACUAUAUUCAGUGCCCUGUGCUCUCUGAGAUGUGGAGUUGCCAUGGAUUCCACUCCAGCUGUGGACUUGGGCUGCACAUUUACUGCUUUCUUACAACAAGAACAUAACACAUGGGUGCAGUUGGUUUCAAAGUACAAAUAAAUCCUGCAUUGUCUUCCUGUAUCAUGUAACAAGAUGGCUUGAAACUAAUUUUGAAGUCUAAAUGGCCCCAUUUUUCUAAACCAGGUAUUGGCAAUGGUGGUUACUGAUUACCAGAGCAUCAGUCGUAUUUCACUGAUGAGCGUUCUAAUGUGCAUCCAGGAAAGUUGGUUUAUCCCCGUUUUGUUUUGUUGGUGGGGAACGAGAAACUCUUAUCUCGUCCUGUUCCUCAGAGUGCAGUACAGCUUUGUUCAAAGGCAGAGAAAUGCCCUUUCCUCUUGCCAAAAGCCUCAUCUUCCCGUGAGUGCCAAAAGCCCUGACUGCAUCCCACCCCCAGCUGCCGAUUCACGGCUCCCUCCUGUUGCUUCUGUGAACAGGCUGUGUUCUCAGUGUGACAAAUGGGUACGUUUUGGAGACACGAACUUAGGAACAUAUCCUUCUGAAAGCUGUGGCACAUGCGCUGUUCAUUCUGCAUAUCCCAGGCUUUUAACUUGUUUUUUCUUGUUGUUAUCUUGCCACAGAGUACAUGGGGCCUUGACUAUAAUUGGUUCGGUGUUAUUUAUCUGAGCAAUUGGGUACUAAUGGUGUAGGAGUAUGUCUUGUUUUUUUUUUAAUUAUCAUUGUACUUAACUGUUUUCCAAGUGAAUUAGUGUUGGAACACUGACAAGGAAUAGAGGAUCUGUUUUGUUGUCUGAAAGGCCGAGUUAAAUAGCCAGACAGAAGGUCUACCUUGUCAAGUCUGUGUUUUAUGCGGUGGGUAACAGAAACAUUUAAACUAUGCAAAUUGAAGCUUAGCAGCUGUGAAUCAGAAUAGGCACUCCGGAGCAUAUGGAUUGCUUAUUUUAUAGGGAAAGGGAGUCGGAGGGGGAGAUCAACACACAGUUUCCAGUAGGAGUUCUUAUUUAUUGCAUUGGUCCUGCGCUGUGAAGGUGGAGUGUUCCGUUUUCAGUGCACAGGGAAAGCUUGUGGUGUGCAUGUCCCUCACUUCCUUCCUGAAGACCAGCACAAGCCAGCUUGGCCUUGGAGGCUUGCCCAGAGGGGGAGAUGUUAAAUACUUUAGCGGUGAAAGAUAGUUUAACAUCACGUCUGCUGAUGAGCAGAUGCAAUGAGAAGAUGAGGUGUCAGCUCCUGCUGUGUUGUGUUGAUGAGGGGCACCUCAGUGAGCGUGGCUGCUGGGUUGGGAUUGGGUUCCUGUGGCUUUGAUGGGCAAUCAGCCCAACAACAGGUAGCAAAAGCGAGUUUCAUCAUGGACUCUGUUGCAUUGAGGAGCUAAAGUGUAAAAGUAAAGAUGCUCCUUGGGUGCCUAAAGCUUGUUCUGGGAAGACCAUACAGCUGGUUUUGCUGUUCCUGUCCUCAUUUUCCAGGCACAGCUUUCCCAUAUGGCUAGACAAAGGGGCAGUUGCUUCUUUCUUGACAGUUUCCUGAUCUAUUCCAAACCCAUCAGUAAGUCAUGUAGCUUGCUCUUCCCGUUUGUGGUGUUAGUGUCAUCAGCAGACUCAUCAUUAGACUUACUUACAAGACCAGCUGUCCUGGUUGCAGUUUGCUUCUUGCUUGGGUGUUCCAGCUCCACUGCUCUGUAGGUAGCAACUUGACUUCAGAUUUGUUCUCACUGGGCAGACUCUUGCAAAUCAUUUGCACUGCACUGUACUGUGAUGUGAUGUUCCUUCUCUGCUGUUUCCUGCUUUGUAGGCAUCUAAAUAGCUAGCUGGUCGCUUACGGUGCUGAGCCAUCCUUUGGUAAUGUGAGUUAAGAUAAUGACUCGACAGACGAGGAAAUGUACUGUGAAAAUGCUGUACUUGUCCGUUUUACGGCAGCUGCUGGUGCUCUGUUGUGUCUGAAGGAGGCUGCCAUCAUACAAACGCUGAUGUCAACUGCUGAAGCGCCCUGCUUUCACUUACCUCUUCCAUCCGCACCUCUGACUUUUCUAAUUGAAAAUAUGAGAUAAAGACCAAUACAACCCAUGGCAGGAGGUUGGGUCCCAAGGCACAGACUUCCUGUACAGGAGGAGCGGGUGGGCUGGAAUGCAGCGUCAGUGGGGUUUGUCUUGAAAAUAAAAGCUACACCAACACUUUUGUACACAAAUGGUUUUUUCAAUAAACACCCAUUUUAAAAGAUGUUGAUUUUCACUGGGAAUGCUUCACAAUAAAUGCAUGUUUCCCUGAAAA